UAUCGAAAUUUCUCCUUAGGGAGGAACUGGUUAGUGGUAAUUUCUGCUGAAGUUAAACUAUAUUACUGUGCAAGUGACAAAACUAUGGCAAGUCUUCAAAUAGGCUCUCGUGUUGAAGUAGUCGGAAAAGGAGUCCAAGGUGAAGUAGCUUAUCUUGGAACUACUGGGUUUGCUACUGGGAAAUGGGUCGGUGUUGUCCUUGAUGAAGCUAAAGGCAAGAACAAUGGCACAGUUCAAGGAAAAACUUAUUUUCAAUGCCGAGACAACCACGGUACAUUUGUACGUCAGACGCAGCUUGCUCUAAUAGACGAAUUUGGUAACCGAGUUGAAGUUGUGCCGAGUCCGGCGUGUUCUACGGCAACCUCGCCGGGUGACGACAUGCCUCGGUCAGGCUUACGAUCUCGCCUUUCCAGCGCCAGCCGAAGAAGGACCGAACCCACAACCGUACGAAGGAAAAGUUCGCCAGCAACACAAGCUCCGUCGAGAGCCAGUUCUCGUCAGUCGCUUUCCUCAAGAAGCAGCCGAGGAGAUUUGCAAAGCCGAGAAGACAUUACGGGACUUGCGCCGACUCCGACCCAUACCCAACACGCGUCCGAACCUACUUCAAAGAGGGCGUCAUUCAUUGAGAACUCUGCCAAGCGGUCUCGUCUGCCCAUGUUAAAAUUUAGCCCGGCCACUCCGGCUCAAUCAAAGCUUUUUCCAAGGACCUCAAUGUCCUUAGAAUACAACGCCUCGCCUCAAACAGGGUUUGUAGAAACUUUGAAGCCGCAGUUUACGCCGGGGCAAGUAUUGGCUUCCCCCUCCAACGCACCUUCUCCCCGGCCCACCCCCGCUGUUCAUCCCCCACCUGACUCUGAAGAAAUGGAGAACCUGAAAACUCAGAUUCAGGAUCUUAGCGAAAAACUGGAGACUAUUAGAAUAAAAUACAAGGAGAAAAGUCAUGAAGCAGAACAGCUGAAGAUACAGUUGGAUCAGGCGCAGGAGUUCAAGAUGAAGAUCAUGGAGGCGCAGGCGGCGCUCAAGCGAGAACUAGAGAGAGCUCGCAAGGAGGCGGAGAAAGCCAUCGAGUCCAAGGAAGAAAUGUCAGACAUUGCCGAGACUCUGGAACUCAUCACACUGGACAAAGAAAUGGCAGAGGAGAAGGUCGAAUCUCUACAAAUGGAGCUGGACCAGGCCAAGGAACAGCUGGAAGAGUUGAAACUUGACUAUCAGCUGUUGAAAGAAGAGAUGUCUGACAAGAGAGGAGACUUGGAUGACAAUGUGCCUACAAGUUACGAAGUGAAACAGUUGGAGCAGCAAAAUGCAAGACUGCGGGACACUCUGGUCAGAAUGCGUGAUCUUGCAGCACAUGAAAAACAUGAAAUGCUCAAGUUGACUCGCGAUUUGGAAGCUAAGAAGUCUGAAAAUGCUGAUUUGGCAAAGCAAAAUGAAAAGCUCGUCGCAAAAACGUCUGAAUUGGAAAACCAAGUUACUGAUCUUCACGAGCAGGUAGAUGCAGCCCUUGGGGCCGAAGAGAUGGUGGAACAGCUCGGACAGCAGAAGCUUACUCUUGAAGAUCGGCUGAAGGAGAUGGAAGAGACCAUAGCAGAUCUGGAAGCUCUUCAAGAAGUGAACGAUCAACUCCAGGAGGACAGUCGUGAGCUAGAGCUGGACCUACGAGAGGAGGUGGAUUUGGCUCUUGCUGCCACGAGAGAGGCUCUAAGGCAGAAAGAGGCCAUUCUUGAAAGUCUUGCCGAUCGAGAGCUGACCAUAGUAAAAUUCAGAGAAUUGGUCAACAAGUUGCAAGAACAGAACCAGGAUCUACGGGUGCAGCUUGAAAAGGAAUCCACCAACAAGUCUCAAGUCGCUCACGUUCUACCAGAAAUGCUCGAUUUCAAGAAAAUGUUUGCCGAGAGCAAAGCUCACGCCAGAGCCAUUGACUUGGAGUUGCGCAGAAUGGAGGUCCAGCAGUCUCAACAGCAUGUGCAGUAUCUGGCUGCCUUCAUGCCCGACUCCUUCAUGAGUAGAGGAGGAGACAAUGACGCCGUGUUGGCUCUACUUUUAUUCCCUCGUCUGCUGUGGAAGUGUGAAGUGUUGUUGUCUCAACUCAAAGACAAGUUCCCCGCGGUGACAUCAGUCACAACGCAGGCUCUCACCCAAGGCCACUCUGUGCAACAGUACGCAUCCCGCUGCUUCCUCGCCAUGCAUCUCCACUCCCUUCAGGCUAUCCUGAGGCAGUUUCUAGACGGGUUGAACACCUGCAGCCCGGAGGUUCUGCUGAAGAUUGGAGCCCUUUACCCAGACAUGGCUCAGCAAGAGAAGGCACUGGAUGGAUACAUCGAUUUGCACAAGAGAGACCAAUUGGAUGAGAAUGUGAAUACUGACACGCUUGAGAAGUGUGUCGCCUACUUUGUGACUAUGCACCCUCUACUGCUAGCAGAGGUGGGACCUCAUCACAACCAUCUAGUCACUGACCUUGGCAAGGCUCUACAGGCAGCUUGUGACAGUAUCCAUACAGACACCUCUACUGUACAGGCUCUCAUCAAGUAUCCAUACAGACACCUCUACUGUACAGGCUCUCAUCAAGGUAAGUGUGUCGCCUACUUUGUGCCUAUGCACCCUCUACUGCUAGCAGAGGUGGGACCUCAUCACAACCAUCUAGUCACUGACCUAGGCAAGGCUCUACAGGCAGCUUGUGACAGUAUCCAUACAGACACCUCUACUGUACAGGCUCUCAUCAAGGCAGCCUGUGACAGUAUCCACACAGACACCUCCACUGUACAGGCUCUCAUCAAGGUAAGUUACUUUGUGACUAUGCACCCUCUACUGCUAGCAGAGGUGGGACCUCAUCACAACCAUCUAGUCACUGACCUAGGCAAGGCUCUACAGGCAGCUUGUGACAGUAUCCAUACAGACACCUCUACUGUACAGGCUCUCAUCAAGUAUCCACACAGACACCUCCACUGUACAGGCUCUCAUCAAGGUAAGUGUGUCGCCUACUUUGUGACUAUGCACCCUCUACUGCUAGCGGAGGUGGGACCUCAUCCCAACCAUCUAGUCACUGACCUAGGCAAGGCUCUACAGGCAGCUUGUGACAGUAUCCACACAGACACCUCCACUGUACAGGCUCUCAUCAAGGUAAGUUACUUUGUGACUAUGCACCCUCUACUGCUAGCAGAGGUGGGGCCACAUCACAACCAUCUAGUCACUGACCUAGGCAAGGCUCUACAGGCAGCCUGUGACAGUAUCCACACAGACACCUCCACUGUACAGGCUCUCAUCAAGGUAAGUUACUUUGUGACUAUGCACCCUCUACUGCUAGCGGAGGUGGUACCUCAUCACAACCAUCUAGUCACUGACCUAGGCAAGGCUCUACAGGCAGCCUGUGACAGUAUCCACACAGACACCUCCACUGUACAGGCUCUCAUCAAGGUGGGCCCAGAGCCGACAGACAUGGUGUUGCUGUGUCAGCACCUCGCUGCCGUCACCGAGGUGGUCACUCAGCACCUGAAGCAAGUGAGACGCAGGGUGGCUCUGUUUGAUUCCGACCUGCCUGCGUCGUCUGCUACCUCGGACCUUCCUCUCAGCUGUGGUCUGAUGGCUCGGGUCGCCAAACUGCUCAGAGAACUGGCCAGGUCUGCUCUGUCGCAGCUGGGUAACAACACAGACAGUGAAGCGGGAAUGGAUGUACCAAAGUUGAUGGAGACUUUGACCGUAUCUUGGGAGAGAAUAUUUGAGAAUGACCACAGCAGUGGACCAAUAGCCUCUAUCAAGGCUGCUGCGGCCACUGUAGCCUCGAACAUCGCUCAAGUAGCACAAUUACUGGUGGACACUGACCCUGCAGCACAAACCAACAAGGAGGAAAAGCCGGUACCUCCGAUCGUUCUGAGGGCUCGGCAAGUGAAGAGUGAACUGGAAGAGACGAAAGCACUGAGAGCUCGGCUGGAGACGAGGGAGGCUGAUAUCAGAGAACUCAAGAUGUUACUGAGGACUAAACAGGAAGAAGUGGGAGAACUGCAGGUGAGAAAGGACCUGGCGGAGAAGAGGCUCGCAAACCAGACGAGAGAAGACAAGAUGACCAUCGAGAAACUUGAGCGAAAAUUGGAAGAAGCACAAAAACAGAUGUUAAGAAAAGAAAAGGAGUUUGAAGAAACAAUGGACCAUCUUCAAGCAGACAUCGACUCUUUGGAAAGUGAAAGAGGAGAAUUGAAGGACAAAUUGAAGAAUUACUCCAAGAAAGUAUUCAUCGAAGGAGUUAAGUCGUCAGUUGUGAGUGGUACGUUAAGUGCGACACCUGGAAACGUAGCUGUGAAAGAAUCUCCAUUGCUGCUCAACGAGAUCAGAUAUCUACGUCAGACGUUGCGCAACGAGCAGGCGGAGAAGUUCAAACUCCAGGUGGACCACAUGAAAAAGCAGCUAGCCCAGCUUAAACCCCUGAAUGUGCCUAAAAAGAGAUCUACGGAAGAACUAGAUCAGCUCACUGCCAAAGCACAAAAUCUUUUAACGGAUGUCCGUAAGCAUAUGCUGCCCACAGUGAUAGACAUAAGCAAACGACGGCCAGGCGAACGGAGUAUGGAGCCUGCCAAUCACAUUCUGCGACGAAUGCAGCAAGAACAAAGUCUGCAGGACAGACUAAACCACCUACAGAAUGAAGUACUAAACCAAAAAGUGAAGCGGAAACGAGGAGGCAAGGUGGAAACAGAUCUCGCUGUAUUUCCCACUCCGGAAAUGUCCAAGGCUCUGGCAGAACAAGAACCAGUGCUGAUUGGGGAGUUAACGUUACCCAGAACGGACAACGACACUCCGAGCAUCGUGCCUAUAUAUCUAGACUCAAUCGCAGAUCUUAGACAGCUUCAAGAGAAGAUUCUCGCAUUGGCCGCUGGAUCAUAAGCUUCCCUGCUAUAGUAUAUGCUUUUGCUCAUUAAUUUGUUCUAAAAUACUUCAGUUGCAGCUGUGAUUUUAUUUUUUCAAACCGUGGGCAAUUUAUAAUAGUUGAAGUCAGUGGUGGUCCCAGGGGUAAUGGAUCCCUUCCCUAUAAUAUCAAGGUGGACCUUAUAUAUUAGCCGGUUUUUAGGCUUUAAAUUUUCCCGGAGAGAAAGGUGGAACCUCCUGUCUCUGGUUUUACGGUUAUUUUGUCUUAUUAAAUCUUGAAAGCUUGAAGCUAUGUUACUAUUACUUGAAGAAUAAUCUGGUUUAAAUCCAAGCUUAGUAAAGCCUAAAAACCAUGAUAGUAUUUUUAUAUUUUUUAAAUAUUUUUACUGUCUUCUUCACUUAUUUUUGUAAUCUACUAAAUAUUUUCCUAACAAAGUUGGGGUUGUGUUGAUUUAAAUUGAGUGUUUCCAAUCUGUGAUUUAAUUUUAGUUGUAAGCCUUAACUUUCUAAAUAAUUAAUUUAAAUAAGUUUCUUCAUUAAGUUAUUAAAAUAAUUUAAGUGGUAUUAAAUCAAUUGAUUUAGAUCGCCUUCAACAAACACGAAUAAUAAUUUAUUAGGAAUGUAAAACUGAUAAAUAUUAAUAUAAAAAAAGUUUCAAUGUAACCUUCAAUUUUAUUUAUAUCUCUGAUUUUAUAUUCAAGUAUCAAAAUUUUAAUUGGUAACUUUUUGUGCAAUAUAAUGAUGCGUAUACUUUUGUGAUAUGAAGCUGCAUCGUAUAAAAGUAACUUUGUUCUGUAUCCAAACUUGUGUUAUUUAAGUUGUUACAUAUCAAAAGAUGUUACUCGGGCACACAAUUUGUAAUGAUAAUUUAUUUAUUCACUUUUAUUAUUGUGUAUUCCCUGUAUAUUUUCAUGCAUAAUUUAAAAUGCUGUGUUAACUUGAAAUAUAUAUUGUUUCUUAAA